AUGGGUCUCCCGCUUCCACAGCAACUGAGAAUACCAUGCGCCUUCCUAGGUGCGCUGGGUAUCGUCACCUUUGCGCUCCGCUGCUUCAUUAUGCACAUGUGGUACACCGGGACUUUGUUGACAGGCAUUCACUAUGGAACUGGUCGACGGACUGCAGAGAUAUCUGUAGAGGACUCAGUACAUGCUAUGCGUUGUUGGUGGCUGUGCUUCCUAGCAUACGCGUGUUCAAUCACCCUGGCCAAAAUCUCCGCUGGUUUUUUCUUCCUUAGGGCCACAGGCAGCAAGUCAGUAUUCCGUAUCACGACCUACGUUAUCACGAUACUCGCCGCAGUGGUCGGCUUCGGGUUCUUCUUCCUCAGUGUUUUCCAGUGCAUGCCAGUCGGCUUUUUCUGGACGCGCUUACAAGGAGAUACCAAUGGCAAAUGCCUUGAUAUUGAAAUCAUGAUAAUAGCCACAUACUUCUACGGAGCUGUCACUGCAGGAACGGACAUAGCUUGGGGCAUCCUGGUCGGAGCUCUCAUCUGGAAAUUACAGAUUGACCGCCGCACAAAGGUUUUAACAGCACCGUUCUUAGGUCUGGCGUGCAUUGCAAGCUACGCUGCCCUUGUGCGAAUGCCCUACGUUGCCAACUUCAAAAGCCCAGACUUUCUAUACGCAACCGUCGAAAUCUCCAUGUGGUCCACAGUAGAAGUCGGCGUCUCCAUCUGCGCCGCCAACCUCGCCACAAUCCGGCCCCUAAUCCACCACUUUACCCAUAAAGGCGAAUCUUGGGAAUCUCGCCAGAACAGGCCGGGACAUGCCGCACUAGCAACGAUACCCGACUCCCAGGAACUUCCUAUGCUAAAAAUGCCACCAAAGACUGCAGAAAGCUCGAUCACAUGUACGGAUCCGAAGAGCAGGAAUGGCGAGAGUGGAAUGACGAGAAGCGUGUCCAACUGGAGUAGGUGGACGCGGAAAGAUAGUGCAGCGAACGUGGAUGUUCAUGUUCUGUGA